AUGAAGUUUCCAUCCGCUCUCCCUGCUGUCGCCGUGCUGUAUCUGACCGCGAAUGCCUGCCUUCUUCCGGAUGAGAUCGAGGCGGAGCGCCAUCUCGCCAGAUAUAGCCGCUAUCCCGAAAAGUCGCCGCUGGCCUUGCGUGCUCGCCAGAGCCAGGCUAACCCUGACGACACCGGCUUCCCCAUUGGCAUCGGCGACCGCUUUGUCCACGGCACUGUCCCCCCCCGCGGUCUGUCUACCGAGGACCGCGACAUGAAGACAAUCAUGAACCCCGAAGAGAUUACCUCUGGCCUGCAGGCCCUCGCGCGGCAGUACCAGGACGCACGCUUCUUUACCGCCCCUCAUCAGACGUACGAAAACCGCACCGUCGCGGGCAUCGUCAUCGGCGCCGGCGGGCCGCGCGUCUACUUGCAGGGCGGCAUUCACGCCCGCGAGCGCGGCGGCCCGGACCACAUGUUGUACUUUUUGGCGGACCUGCUCCACGCGCGAGACGCCGGCACCGGCAUCAAAUACGGCAACAAAUCCUACACCCACGAGCAGGUCAUAACGGCGCUCUCGGCUGGCAUUGUCUCCAUGCCCAUGGUCAAUCCCGACGGUGCGGCUUAUGACCAAAAGACGGGCAACUGCUGGCGCAAGAAUCGCAAUUACAAGAGCGCGUUGCGGACGCCCAACGACGACUUUGGCAUCGGCGUCGAUCUCAACCGCAACUUUGACGUGCUCUGGGACUACCAUAGGUAUUUUAACCAGACCAUCAGCCCGCCGGCCUCGGACAGUCCCAUAUCGGAAAUCUUUCGCGGCACGGCGCCAUUCUCUGAGCCCGAGUCGCAGAACGCGGCGUGGAUCGCGCAGCAGCACCCCAGUCUCACUUGGUUUCUGGACCUCCACUCCAUCUCGGGCGACGUCCUGUAUGGAUGGGGAGACGACAACCCCCAGACGAUCGACCCUUCGCAAAACUUCAAAAACCCCGCAUGGGACGGUAAGCGUGGCGUCACGGGCGAUUCCCCCGACGGCCUCGUGUACAAAGAAUACAUUGAGGCCGAGGACCUAGAUGCUCAGCUCGUCACGGCCAUGGCAAUGUCCGACGCCAUGAACGCCGCGGGCGACGGCACCACUGUCCGCUUCAAGCCCCGUCAAGAGGCGGCCAUGUAUGCCGUCUCCGGCGGUACGACGGAUUGGUUUUUGAGCCGUUACUACAGCCACACAUGCGGUGCCGGUCGCAUCAACGGCCUCGUUAUCGAGUUUGGAGUGGAGAGCGGCCUGUCCUGUAUUUUUUAUCCGACUAAACCCCAGUUCCACAACUCGAUGCGCCAGGUCGCUGCUGGGCUGAUGGAAGUUGUCCUCGCUGCUGCUGGCAAGUAUGGGCAGCCGAAGAUUUGGAAAUGCUGA